UUAUAUUCCACCCAAAACUGUAAACGGCUCCAAAAAGUUUCGGAAGAAGUUUCGUUUGGAUCUCACUGCACUGCUGCAGGCGCCGGGAUGUUUCGGCGCACCGCCCGCGUGGCGCUCCGCUUUUCUCCCUUCCUUCCCCGCUAUCCCCCUACAACCCUAAACCCCAUCCCUAGCCCUACUUCUCACCUCCUCCGCCCCCUCUCCUCCUCCGCCGACUCCGACGCCGAACUCCGAAAGUAUGCCGGCUACUUUGUCCUACUCGUCGGGUGCGGCGCCGCCACCUACUACUCCUUCCCCUUCUCGGCGGAUGCCAAGCACAAGAAGGCCCAGAUCUUCCGCUACGCCCCUCUUUCCGACGACCUCCACACGGUUUCCAACUGGAGUGGCACCCACGAGGUACACACCCGCGUCUUCCUCCAGCCGGAGACCCUCGCGGACCUUGAGGCCGCUGUUCGAGACGCCCAACAGAACCGCCGCCGGAUCCGUCCCGUCGGCUCCGGGCUCUCUCCCAAUGGGCUUGGCCUCGCCAAGUCCGGCAUGGUGAACCUGGCCCUCAUGGACAAGGUGCUUGAGGUGGACCGCGAGGCGAAGCGGGUGACGGUUCAGGCUGGGAUUAGGGUAUCGCAACUCGUGGAUGCACUCAAGGAGCAUUGCCUUACCCUCCAGAACUUCGCGUCCAUCAGGGAACAGCAGAUCGGAGGAAUCUUACAGGUUGGAGCUCAUGGUACUGGCGCAUGGUUGCCGCCCAUUGAUGAGCAGGUUAUCAGCAUGAAGUUGGUGACCCCCAUGAAGGGAACAAUUGUGGUCUCAAAAGAGAAAAAUCCCGAACUGUUCUUUCUAGCUCGCUGUGGUCUAGGUGGCCUUGGAGUCGUUGCAGAAGUCACCAUUCAAUGUGUAGAUAGACACGAGCUUGUAGAACACACAUUUGUUUCUAAUGCCAGUGAGAUCAGGAAAAAUCACAAGAAGUGGCUAGCUGAGAACAAGCAUAUAAAAUAUUUAUGGAUUCCGUAUACAGAUGCGGUUGUAGUGGUGCGGUGCAAUCCUCUGUCUAAGUGGAAAAAUCCAAAGUUUAAACCAAAAUAUGGGAAGGAUGAAGCAUUGAAACACAUCCGUGAUCUCUACCGUGAUUCACUCAGGAAGUACAGAACUGAUGUUGGUAAUGAUGAACAAGAUAUAAAUCAACUAUCUUUCACAGAAUUGAGAGAUAAACUUCUUGCCCUUGAUCCUCUUAAUAAAGAUCAUGUCAUGAAAGUCAACCAAGCAGAAGCUGAGUACUGGAAGAAGUCUGAAGGAUAUCGUGUAGGAUGGAGUGAUGAAAUACUGGGUUUUGAUUGUGGUGGGCAGCAAUGGGUGUCUGAAACCUGUUUCCCAGCAGGGACCCUUAAAAUGCCUAACAUGAAGGAUUUGGACUACAUAGAAGAAUUAAAGCAGCUCAUAGAGCAGGAGGAUAUACCAGCACCUGCUCCAAUUGAGCAGCGUUGGACUGCUUGCAGCAAGAGCCUCAUGAGCCCAGCCUCAAGCUCAGAAGAAGAUGAUAUAUUUUCAUGGGUUGGCAUCAUCAUGUACCUGCCUACAAUAGAUGCUCGCCAAAGGAAGGAUAUAACAGAGGAGUUUUUCCAUUACAGAUAUUUGACACAAACUAGACUGUGGGAUGAAUAUUCUGCUUAUGAACACUGGGCAAAGAUUGAGGUUCCAAAGGACAAGGAAGAGCUUGCUGCACUCCAAGAAAGAUUAAGGAAGCGUUUUCCUGUUGACACCUAUAACAAAGUACGCGGGGAAUUGGAUCCUAAUAGGAUUCUUUCAAAUGCAGUGCUAGAAAAGCUUUUCCCAUGGAAGGAGACUGCUCGAGUCUCAUGUUAGUUGAACUGGAUUGGCUUGUGUCUGUUGCUUUGCUUUUCUGGACUACAAUUAUAUACUAAGAUAACUGGAAUCUGUUGAGAGAGACGAAUAAUCUGCUGCUCUUAUGGUUUAAUAAUUGCAUCGGAGGCAAGAUUUUGUUCCAUGCCUUUCAUCUUGUCAAUAUAUCUGGGUUGGCCAUUGCAAUUGCCAAAGAAUUUCUCACAUUUCUCUUGGAAAUAAGAAGUGGUUGUUUCUCAGUUCAACAUGAGAUGUUGUAUUUGUUGUGUGUAAUUUUAUUUACUCCCAAGUGUAGUACUUCCUACUUACCAUAGAAA